GGAGGCAACAAUAAAUCUUCCCGCCUCCUCCCGCCCGUCCGUCAAGCAGCCCGGCUGAGCCGAGAGGCAGGCAGAGCAGGGAACGGCCGGGAACCAUGAGCUCUGUGGUGGUCCGCCCCUGCGCCCGCAGGGACCUCAGGGACAUCAUGCGCCUGAUCAAGGACAUCGCUGUCAUUUACAACGUGCCUCUGGAAAGCCUGUCUACCAACGUGCAAGCCCUGGAAGAAGCCGGAUUUGGCCCUCGCCCGAAAUUUGAGUGUUUUGUGGCUGAGAUCCCCCCAGAGCGGAAGAGCCCGGAAGGUUUCACCCUGGCUGGAUACGUCCUAUCCAGCUACACCUACAACAGCUGGAAAGGGAAAAAUCUCUACAUCGACAAUUUUUACGUCAUGCCCGAAUUCAGAGGCAUGCGGAUCGGGAACUCCCUGCUGAAGGAGGCAGCCAAGGCCGCUUGGGAACAAGGCUGCUCCGAGCUUCGCAUGCAUGUCUCGCACCUGAAGCCCGAAAACGUGGCCUACCUGGAGAGGAGGGGAGCGGAGAACCUCACGGCCCAAGAUGGCUGGAACCUGUUUCGGUUUUACCAGGACCGGCUCAGCCAAAUGGCCAAUCAGAGCUGAGUCUAGCAUCAAAGGGGAGGGGGGGAGAGGGGACACAUCGCGGAGGGUGUGUUCCUGAGCACGUCUCAAGUGCCCUGAGCGAUUGGGAAGUGGAAGAUGGGAAGCGGCUGGGAAGCAUGGACGCCGGGACCCUUUUUCUUGAGGCUGAACCGUUGACCCGUCCGAGGGAGCCUUGGAGCAAAAAGUCCAUAAAGAAAGAAAUGUUUGCAAAAAA